AUGCGUCGCGAAAGAACCUGGUAUUUGAAUGCUGUCCCAAGAAACGAUGUGGGUAAUCUCACCCAGGGAAAUGGAGCAAAGAGCCGCUUGCAGCCUGGAGAUGGUAUUUGGUCCGCUGUUAUACCGCAGAAAUCCUGCAGGGAAAUGACCUCCAAGCAAAAUCGAUAUGUGGCGUUCGUCUCGUUGCUCAUGCUGCUUCUCGACGGUGGCUUCGCUCUCACUGAUAGAGGAAGGGUUUCUUUGGCGAAGAAAUCAACCAAGGUGAACACAGCGUCCUUUCCUGGAGGUGGAUCGAUCCUCGAGAAAAAUCGCAUCGAAGGAGUCAGCGACUACUUGUACGAAGGCGAUAUCAACCUCACCGAGGAACAGCUCACUGCCCUCGAAACGAAAUUGAGCAACAGCGCAACUCGUCAGAAGCGACAGGCUUCCAAAGUUGCU